GUGUGACAUGUCACAUGCUUUUGGUGCACCCGGGUUCGUGGUCCCUGGGUAAAGGACUCGGCUGGCUGGAUUACCCGAGGGGACCUCCUUAAGGAGGUUGGGGCGGUCCUGGGGAGUCCUCCGCACCGUCCCGGAGCCGCGGGCCGAGCGUCCUCCCCCAGUCCCGGAGCGACGCUGCGCCGAGCGGUCGAACCCCCGAGAUGUGGAAGCUGAGCCGGAACCGGGUGCUUCUGGACGAGCCCCCCGAGGAGGAGGACGGGCUGCGCGGGGCACAGGCGGCUGCAGCAGCCGCCCCGGCGCCGGUGAGGGCACGCUUGGGGGCGCAGGGAGCAAGUCUCAGAGGUUGGAAAGAAGUAACUUCUCUGUUUAAUAAAGAUGACGAACAGCAUCUGAUCCAGGCGUCCAAAUCUCCUAAGUCCAAAGGAAGCAAUCUGCGACUAAAAGAAGAAUUGAAGGCCGAGAAGAAAUCAGGAUUCUGGGACACUUUGGUUUUGAAACAGAAUAUCCAGCCGAAAAAACCAGACCAGAUCGAAGGUUGGGAGCCUCCCAAACUUACUGCUGAAGAUUUGGCAGCCGAUGCUGAGGAUGGUCUAAGUGGCUGCCCACCCUGGUCUGGCUGGGAAGAUGAUACCAAGGGCUCUACCAAGUACACCAGCCUGGCCAACUCAGCUAGCAGCUCCCGCUGGAGCCUCCGGUCAGCAGGGAAGCUGGUCAGCAUCAGGCGACAGAGCAAGGGCCACCUAACAGAUACCUGUGAGGAGCUGGAAUGAACCGAAGGAGCUUCACUGUGACAUCACAUUGCUUUUAGGGUUGGCCAAGCCCGGUGGCCUUCUACUAGUGCACCAUUAAUCUGUUGAGCCCUCUCAUAGUCAAGGAACGGGAUCCGCUGAGUUGCUUGUGUUUCGUGCUCAGUGACCCACAUGCGCCAUGGCUUCCCGGUGACGUCAGGUUGCCUUAUUGCGGAAACACCCACCCACUGGGUGGACGUACGCCGAAAGGACAUGUGCAUUGCAGACACUGUCCUGUGAGGUCGAAUAACGACUCGCAGUCCCCUCUAGGCUUCAAGCCAGCCUCAGUCACUUCUCUCUGAAGAACCUCCACAUCUUGUCCGUGCAUGUGACCUGAGCGUGAACGUGGCCUCUGUGGUACCUUCUCCCUUUGUCAGAAUACGAGAAGCACCUUCCAAAGUUACAGUAAUUCAGUUGAACAGCAGGUUCAUUUUUCCCUUAUUAAGAUCAAAACAAAACAAAAAUCUAGAUGCUGGAAGCAACCAAGGUGGUUCGAAGUAGAAUGUCAGGGCAUUUUGAGUGGCCCAUCUGCUGCUGAGGAGGAGUGAGUGGCCUCCAGUGUGAGCUUGGGUGGCAACUGGUUCUCUUACGGAAUUUUAUUUUUACUUUUGGACUUUUAAAUACGGAUCUUUGUUUUCAUCAAAAAAAAUGUUGAUUUUCAACUUAAAGAUUAAAGAAAUAUAUGAGUGAAUGUUAGUCACCCAAUAAUCUUAGCUUUGCUCAGAAAACAUCAACCUGCUCACUGUAGAGUUAAAACUGUAUAUAAAAUACUGAAGUGCCUCUUUUCUAGUAUCCUCAGAUGUUUAGUUUUUCAAAAUGAGAUACUUUUAUGAUUGACAUUAGAUCUAUAAGAAGUGUUGUCUCCUUCCCCACCCUGCCUGUCUUACGCUGGUGACUGUCCUCGCUCGCGGUCCUGGGUGUUGGCAGGAUUGGUGGCUCUGUAGGGGACAGUCCACAACAGGUCUUGCACGUGUUUUUGCUCUUCAGUUACAGUGCUUUGACAGAGGAGGUGUAUGUCUCUUUGUUUUGGUUAAAAAUUAAUAGCCUCCCGUCACACUGUCCUUGAGCUUCUCAGUGUGGUCGGUCUGCUGCUUCAUGUAACUGGAUGUCCCUCUUAAUGUCCUGUGGCACAGUGGAAUGGCCUGAUGCAUAUGUAGUGUCCGAGUGCUGAUGUCUUUAAUGGAACAAGUUUACAAGAUCUGUCUACAGCUACAUGUCUGUCUGUCCACCACCAAGCCAGCCAGCCCGGUGUCUCCAUUCACCUGUCCACCUGUCCACCCAUCAGUCUAGCCACCCAUCAACCGAGCUGUUUAUCUUUUCAAACUAGAGUAAGUUUACUUACUGGGUUUUGAGAGGGCUUUACACGGUGUUCAAAUAAAAAAUUCUUAACACCUGGAAAUUGUGAAAUUAUGGAGAUUUUGAUUUGUAAUGCAAAGUGUACAAUUUUUACUGUAACACGUGGGUUAGGAAAUCUUUAAGUAUUCUCAGGUAAACAGUUGAGUGCAUGAGCUCUGACUCUCUCGUCAUCUUCAAAAGCAGUGGGUAACCACAGGGUAGGACAAAAGAGCAGUCUCCCGCUGAGGUCCACAGCGGAAACCACUGGUCUGUCUGGCUCGCUGCCUGUGGCACAGGAAUACAAAGCCUUGAGAAUGUAGGGAAUGAGCUCUUGGACACACAGCCUCUGCCUUCACCGGGGCCUGUGGAGAGUGCUAAGUGCCUGUCGCUCCCUGUGGCCCUGUGCCUGAACACAGUGACGCAUGGCGGCACAGGACCUGUAUGUACACUGUGCCUCUCAGAAGGUGAAGACGCACUGUACACCAGACUUUGUUUUUUUAAUAUAGAAAGGUUAACUGAAAAUGAAUUUUUCUCCUGUUGUAUUGAAUUAAAAUAUCUUGUGUUUGA